GGAGCUGAAGACUUCAAGUUGGAGUUACACAACCGGAGAUCAGUGUACCUGCCUGUUCGACUGUACAGAUUUAUGUGGGAGGAUAAAAUUACUGGAAUACAGAUUACCUCAUAAUACCAGUACCACAGCUGUUCUUUAUUUAUUGAUUUUUUUAAAACUUGUCUAAAAAACUAAAGGUUGACACACUUUGGUUAGAAAGGAACAAUACUUUUGGAUGUUUACAAAAGCUGCAUUCAUCUCUUAAUUAUAACUCAUGAUGGAUUGAAACCCCGUUGCUACGUGAAAUUAGUUUUGUCCAGGUCACAUUGCGAGCUGGUCCGUCUGUUUGCUGUUCGUUUCCCCCUGUCUUAACAGGUGGAAUUGCAUCUCCUUGUUUACUUUUGUUUCGUGGCUGGAAGUGGAAUGGGGAAUCAGGUUGAGAAACUGACUCAUUUAACUUACGCAGAGGUUCCGACAUCAGACCCGACUGGGGUGGAUCAAGAAGACUGUCCUCGGAUAGGGGUGUCGUAUAUAUUUUCUAACGAUGACGGUGAUUUGGAGGAUAAUGUUGGGGGAUCAGAGAAGGACCCGAAACAGGAAGAGAAUUAUGACACAUGCAACGAGGUGGAGUGUUCUGUUUUCUACAGAGAUGAGUGCGUAUACGAGAAGAGUCUGAGAGCUGGAGACCUGAGUACCUGUUCUCCAGAACAUUUAUUAAACACGUGCAAACCGGGAGAUUUGGUGGAGUUUGUGGCUAAAAAUCAAUACCCCCAUUGGACUGUGUACGUUGGAGAUUUCCACGUCGUACACUUGCACAGAGCUGAGGUCAAGAAUGAUUUUAUGACAGACGCUAGUCAAGGGAGGAGAGGUAGAAUUGUUAACAAUGUUUACAAAUUCAAACCUCAAAACUCUGAAAUUGUGGUGCGGAAUGCCAUGGAACAGGUCGGGGUAAGAGACAGGGAGCUAAAUUGGAGAAACUCUGAGUGUUUUGCUGCUUGGUGCAAAUUUGGCAAACGGGAGUUCAAAAUUGGAGGGGAGAUCCGGAUAGGCAAACAACCUUACAGCUUAAAAAUACAACUUUCCGAGAAAAAGAGUCACAUUUUGGAGUUUCAGAGUAUGGAAGAUUUGAUAAUGGAAAGGAGGAGAAACGAUCAGAUUGGUAAAAACGCUGUGAUCCAGGAGCUAGUCAGCCAUCUGCAUUCGGAGGAAGUCGGGACUGAUCACAAUGCUCACUGAUGGAUUAAAAAAGGGGUUAGGAAACGGAGCUGUUAGUCCUUGGGCCACUCACUGUUCCGUUUUUAUUCAAAUCACAAGUGGAAAGAAAGGAAGAUUAGUUUUGCUUCAGACUUAACUAACUGUAGUUGAUUUUAUCAAACCAAAUGUACUGUUGUGGUACUCAGGCCUUGAAAUGUAAAGGUCACAUGUAUUUUUGUUACUAGUUUGCACAGUUAAGUUGUGUUUGCAUUGGCUGGUCUGUAAUAUAUUACUGUAUUUAUACACAAAUCUACUUUAUAAACAACGUUAGCAAUAUGGCGCAACCAGGAUUUUCCGGAGGGGAGGGGCUCGGGUUAGCUGCCAAGUUGUAGAGGUCCAGAAAAUACAUCACACACUCGCAUAUAUGGCGGGCGGGUGGGUCCUAUAAAACCGCAAUAUAGCGAGACCCACACAAGAAAAGAAAAAGACAAAUACCAUACAGUCAAACUCGUUUUAUCGUCGGCCUUAGAUAUUAUAAACUGGGCAGCAUAAUCCAGAAACACAUAGAAAUAGGAGGCUAAUAAUGCUGUUCAUUAUUAUGUAAACUUAAUAUAAUAUUUUCAAUUACACACUCUUGCUAGAUGAGAACGGGCAAUCACUGUUUACGCAGGGUAAAAGUAACAGAUUGAAUAAACUACAAGUAACAGUAUCGUUACCUAUUAUUAGUGCUUAAUUUGUGCCGGGGUUUGCCGGUGUUGUAACCAAUUCAGUACCCCCUCAAGGGGCGUUCACCGGACGCGGCACCCAUGCCACCUGCUUGCGCGCCGCGCUGCAGUACACACCAAACACUGCAGGGUAAAAUCAGUGGGCGGUCCGUUGUUACGUCACGGCUGCAGGUACAGUGGUUUUAGUUGCCGAGCAACAAACAGUAAAUGCCAGCGGGAAAAUAAAACUCUUGACAGAACUGGGAAGCGAAACAUUAUAAAUAUAUAUUUUAUAAAACCUAAUUGUAACCACCACAAUCACCCCCCCCCUCCUUUUUUAUUAAUUUUGUUAAAAACUAUUCAAACAUAUGUACACCAAAUAAAACGUUUUGCUUUAUCUUUUAAAAGUCUGCAGUUAAUUUAUCCAAAAAAAAAAAUGCGUACGUUAUAUAUAACCACAAUCACCCCGAUCCCCACCCCAACCCCCCAACCCCCCAACCCCCCCCAACAAACUGAGGGACAGAGAGAACAUAAGAAAGUUUACAAACGAACGAGAGGAGGCCAUUCAGCUCAUCUUGCUCCUUUGUUAGUAUCUUAUUGAUCUCAAAAUCUCAUCAAGUAGCUUUUUGAAUGAUCCCAGGGUGUCGGCUUCAACAACAUUACUGGGGAGUUGGUUCCAGACCCUCACAAUUCUCUGUGUAAAAAAGUGCCUCCUUCCACACAGAAGAAGUGAAGUGGCAUGAGUCAACAGCCAGACACCAUUUAUAGAGCACCCAAAACAUCAGGCAAUUGUAAAAAAUAAAAGUAUAAAAUAAAAACAAGUUGCUUUUAAA